AUGGGCGGCUGGCAAGAAGCUGCGAAAGCGAAGCUAAAGGCUCUUGAUUUCCUGCAGGGGGAGUGGACCAACGCCCAGAAAGCCGGUGAGACGUAUGUCGUCGACGGUACAACAAUCCGUAUAGUCAACGAGAAAGGCUCUCGGACAUUCCAGAACUGGCUCCACUGGGAGGACAGAUGGCACACAGUCAAGUGGGGCAAGUCGGGACGCUACUACCUCGACAAAUUCAGACCCCACGACAAGGAAGUGCAGUGGACCUUCUACGGCAGAAGCGGCGGAAAGUCAUUCCGAUGGAGGCGUGACGAGAGCCCUGCGAUGAGCCAUGAACAGAGCCAGGAGACCGCGUCCCCAGGGCCCACAGGGCCCGCAGAGAAUGGAGCGGAGGUCUUAGCACUGGCGCCACGUCCGAAGCCGCGGCCGAAAAGAAAGGCCGAGCGGUCAGCUGAGCAGACUGCGGAGGAGGCCGAGCAGGCCGAGCAGGCCGAUCCGGCUCAAGAGCUGGCUUCCGAGGCUGUCGAGGCGGAGGUUGAAGGAGACGAAGUCAUCGACCUUGACCUUGACGAGGCCACGGCCACGGACGCCGUGGGGGAAGCUCCACAGCCUGGUGACCCGGAAGCUGCCGAAGAAGAAGUUGCAGACACCACUGCGGCCGAAGCCGAUGACGAUCUCCUCGGGGCAGAUCCAGGUUGGGAGAAGGAGCGGCUGAUCGCUAGAAAGCUUCUCGCCCAGGGAUUUCGACCCAAGCCAGAAGAAGAGGACAUUACUCAUGCUUCGACGACUUCACCUUACCUUGGCUUCGAGGAUUUGCUCGACGACAUUGAGCCGGAUGUAAAGCGUCAGCGACUGCUUUGA